UUGCCUGAAAGCCCUAAUUUAUUGUGGCUCCAAAAUACCCACCAUGAAGAGAGCUCUGCUGACAAAUCUCUCUGUCUGCACUCGAAAGCUCCUUCUAUCUCCUCCCAGAUUAAACCCUAACCCUAGCCCAUCACUUGCUCAACUCACUGUCCCCACUCGUUCUAGACUCAGCAGGUUCUACUCUUCUGAGUCUGACUCAUCCUGUGAAGCAAGAUUUACCCAGACCCAGAAGUCAAAUGGCUCCAUUGAAGAUGCUGAUGAGCUCAGCACUCAAGAGAUAAAAAGGCUGGUGGAGAAGUACUACGAAGGUGAAGAUGAGUCACUACCAUUGAUUUUCGAAGCAAUUAUAAAGAGGAAGCUGGCAGGGAUCCCGGAUGAGAAGUUGAUAGAACAACUUAAUCUAGAAUCUCCUACAAAUGGUUUUGAGGACAAAGAGUUUGAUUUUGAUUUUGAAGAUAAAUGGAGUGAAACUGAUGAGGAUGGUGAUGACUUAGAUUGAUGUGGUUUGUGUUGUGUGUUGAAAUAAUCAUGGCUGGAAGAUGACGGAAGAUGACGCAAAACAAGAAGUGCUUGUGCUGUAGGGAUGAGGAGAUUUCCCCUAGGGAAAGACAUUCAAGAACUGGCGAUAAAAGAUAUGCAGAGAUAGAUUGUAAAAUUAACCCAUCAAUUAGUGGAAGUGAUUAACCCGAGGGAUCAUGUGGAGAGUAAUCACGGAUCCAUGGUCAGCUUUGAAAACUAUUUUAGAGGUGAGAGCAGAGGUAUACUAUACUGAUAGGUUCAAAUCAUGGGAUUUCUUAUAAUGGAUUUUGAUCUCUGGUUGUUGCUUUUGGUCUCUAUUCUGAUGUGGAUUGAUGUUCUCCAAUAAUUUAUGAUGUUUAUUUUAA